AUGGCGGGAAUGGUUCUGUACACACCCCGUGAUUCCUGGAGGUCCUAUCCAGCUCUGAUUGCGGCUGAGUACAGCAAUGUGUCACUCAGAGUCGUAUCCAGGGGUCAAGAUUUCUACUCAGAGACUGGCUGUACAAAUCCGUACUUCUUGAACAGAUUCCGCCAGGGAAAGGUACCAGUGUUGGUGGCUGACAAUGGCUUCUCUGUGCAAGAAAGUAAUGCAGUUGCUUAUUAUGUUAGUAGUGAUGUGCUGCGAGGUUCUUCCAGACAAGAAGCUGCCCUCAUUCAGCAGUGGAUUAACUUUGCUGGAAGUGAGCUCAUCCCUCCAAUUGCAACCUGGAUCUUCUCAGCUUUAGGUGCCACGAAGUUCAGCAAACUGCUGGCGGAGUGUGCCAAAGCAGAUGUGAAGAAGAUACUGCGGUUGUUGAAUGAUCACCUCCAUGUCCGGACAUACCUGGUUGGUGAACACGUCACUCUAGCUGACAUCACACUGGUGUGUGCAAUGCUGGACCUUUACAAGGAAGUCUUGGAGCCCUCUCUGAGGAAAAGGUACACUGACUUAGACCGCUGGUUCACUACAUGUGUUAAUCAGCCUCCAUUCCAGAAAGUACUAGGAGAGAUGACAUUUUACGAGCCAGCUGUCCAGUGUCCAGCCACAAAACUGCUGGAAGCACGAGAUGUCACCAAAAAAGCUUCUAGGGUGGAGACUUGCUUAGCCUCAACUCCCAAAGGUAAUGGAUCCAAUGAAGAGGAAGUUGGUAGAGUCAAAACUGGAUUGGAUAAAGAAAUGUCUGCAGUGGAGGUCCACCCUGUAGGAUCUUCAGCUGAGGGUGGACCAGUUGGUGUUGUAGAUCCUCCUCUGAAGCACAGACCAGCCAAAGUUGAGAAUUUAAUAGAUGCAUCAGAAGAAGAGCUCUCUGCAGUCUGUGCCUCAAUGGAGGGUAGAACAGAAGUGAGGUCAGUAGCUGCCUCUACAGAGGCUAGAACCACAAAAAAGGAAGGUGAGGAUAAGGGGAGUAAAGAGAAAACUAUAUCUGACAUCCUGGUAGACCUUUCUGAAGAGGUAGUCUACGUGACUGGUAAAUUCCAAGAGCAGGGAGCAGCUAAAGAGGCUGUAGUGGGAGUCCAAGAGGAAGGAAUUUCUGGAGAGACAGAAUCAGUUGAAAUCGUUAAGCUUGAACCUGCAGUGGAUGGUUCUGCAGAGAGCACUACAGCAGGAGUCACUUUAGCACCCUCUUUGAGGGAGGAUAGAUUGGGUAACAUUGUGACUUUGGUAGACAAAUCGAAAGCGGUACCUUUGACUGAAAUCUGUACAGCAGGAGGUUCUGAGGAGCAGAACCCAAUUGAAGUAAGCCAGCCUGAUGUGCCGAAAUGUUACGGAGGAGCUGGAGAGGUAGCCGCUGAGGCCAGGAUGGUGAGUGCUUCUGGAAAGGGCAGUUCCAUUGACCUGAAGAUGAAUGAUUCUAAACCAGAUGGGCCAUCCAAAGAGCAAGUCACCAUAAUGGGUUCAUCUGAAGAUGGACUGGCUCAAGAGGAGGCUGUAGCUGAGGUUUGCCUGGCAGGAUCAUUGAAAGAGGCCAGAGCAGUUUCACUGAACACACCAGAUCCUUCUGAGACAGAUUUAGCAUGUAAACAGGAAGCUAUUGGUGCAAUAUGUGCUUCUAAGGGUGAUAUGCCCACAACUGUUGAUGUGACCCUGCUAGAAACUUUGAAAGAGCAAGUCUACAUGAUUGAUCCAUCUCUGGAGCAUGGAUCAGUUACAGCAAGUGUGGCUAAUGCACCCAAAGAUGAUGGAACGGCAAAAAGUGGUACAGUGGAUAAAUUGCAAGGAGGCAGACUGGCAAGAGAGGAACCCAUGAGGACUCCCAGAGCACAUGGUGAUGGAUGGGACUCCACCAAAUCGGCUGACCAGUUAAAAGCCGAAGAUCCUUUUGCACACUUGCCGAAAAGUGCCUUUGUUCUGGAUGAGUUUAAACAGAAAUACUCAAAUGAGAACAUCAGUUCUGUGGCACUUCCCUAUUUGUGGGACCAUUUUGACAAGGAAGGCUGGUCAGUUUGGUACAUGGAGUACAAGUACCCUGGAGAACUCAACUUGGACAUGAGCUCAAAUCUAAUAGCUGGGCUGUUCCAGUGUUUGGAUGGGCUACGGAAACACAGCUUUGCUAGCAUAAUCCUCUUUGGCACUGACUGUGACAGCUCAAUAUCUGGAAUUUGGAUUCUGCGAGGGAAGCAUUUUUCCCUCCAGUUAAGUGAAGACUGGCAAGUGAUCUGUGAGCCGUAUUCCUGGAAGAAGUUGGAUGUGGACACUGAUGAAUGCAAGGCUAUGAUUAAUGAGUACUUCAUGAUGAAAGAAGCAUUCCAACAUAUGGGAAAACCCUUCAGUCAGGGAAAUAUUUUUAAGUGAAAUGACUUGGGAUGACUACACACAAGUUGCUGCCCUUUGUGAACCCUUGGUCUUUUGCACUACUCGACACUACCUCACUGGUUAUUGUACCGGCACUGUAUAAACCCAGGGCUGACCUGCAGCAUUUGAAGAAAUUUAUAAAUCCUAAUAGCGGAACAAAUAAUAAAGCAUUUGAAAACUGA